AUGUGGCUUUUUGCGACGGUAAUGGGGGGUCGCGACAAAGGGGGUUGCAAAAGAGCUUUAGCGACGAUAAGUACCGUCGCCAUUAGUUUCUGCGACGGUAAGGUUCGUGAUGCAAGAGUGGCCACCGUGGCAUUUAGGGAAUCUGCAGAAGAAGACAUAUACACACCACAGAAGAUCAGGCACGAAGACUUGUGGAGAAGACGGGGCUCAAAUCGGGUUGGCAUUAUAGACUUGGAUCUUUCCAACAACCAGAUCAAAGGAAAGGUGCCGACAUUUCAAAAAUGUAAAUAUAGAGGGCCCACUAAAUCGUUACAAUUGAGUUCUAACAGAUUUGAGGGCCCACUAACACCGCUUCCUUCAUAUGUUGAUCUCUUAGAUCUCUCCAACAACUCCCUUUCAGGACCUAUUACUGUGAGUGAUGAUAAUGCAUUCACAUCUCUUGGUCUCUCAAAUAACCAUUUGACUGGUGUCAUUUCAGUGUCUUUGUGCAAGGCAAAGAAUAUAAUUCUUAUUGAUUUCUCAAACAAUCAGUUAUCAGGAAAAAUUCCUCCUUGCUUGGGGCAGUUGAAUCGGUUGUCAGUGCUAGAUUUGACGAAUAAUAGUCUAUAUGGUGAAAUUCCAAGUUCUUUGGGUUCCCUACAAUCUCUCAAUUCCUUGCACUUGCGUAACAAUAAGUUUUUCGGGAAGCUUCCUUUGUCCUUACAGAAUUUGACAAAUCUUUUCACCAUUGAUCUAGGUGAAAAUGUGUUCACUGAUAAUAUCCCUUCAUGGAUUGGAUAUAACCUAACUAAUCUUAAAUUUCUCAAUCUUCAAUCAAAUAAUUUCUAUGGUGAUAUUCCUCCACAACUCUGUUGUCUCCAAAAUUUGCAAUUGUUGAACUUGGCACAAAAUAACAUAACGGGAAAUAUCCCUCGUUGUUUUGGCAACUUCACUGCCAUGGUUGACCUACAUCGUGGGCACUUUUCUUAUCCAGUUAAUUAUUAUAUUAAAGCAAAUUAUGAAGAGAACAUUUUGGAUUCAAUGAAAGGAAGAGAACUGGAAUACACCAAGACACUCAAAUUUCUCGUCUCCAUGGACCUUUCAAACAAUGGCAUUGUUGGAGAGAUUCCAGAAGAGUUAAUGGAUCUUUCUGGGUUGCUAAACUUGAAUUUAUCUGGAAAUCAUCUGAAAGGAAGGAUCCCUAAUAAUAUUGGCAAUUUGACACAAUUGGAAUCUCUUGAUUUGUCUCGAAACAAACUUUCUGGCCCCAUUCCUCCAAGUCUGUCCAGUUUACGCUACCUAAGUUAUUUGAACAUGUCAUUCAAUAAUUUAUCAGGGCGAAUACCAACGGGAAAUCAACUUCGAACUCUCGACGAUCCUUCCAUUUAUAUAGGCAACGAUGAUGGCCUUUGUGGUGCACCACUAAACAGCUGCCUCGAUGAUAAAUCAUCGGAUGGUGAUCACAAACAUGGUGAUCACAAACAUGGUGAUGAGGGUAAAGUUGCAGAUGAAACUGAUUUUUUGUGGUUCUAUGCUGGCAUUGGACCUGGUUUCUCAGUUGGGUUUUUGGGGGUCUGUGGCACUUUGAAUUUCAAGAAGUCUUGGAGGUAUGCGUACUUCCAAUUCCUCGAAAACAACUACAAUUGGAUAUUAGUAACCAUAGCAAUCAAGUUCGCUCAGCUAAAGAGGAAAUUCAACGAAAAAAAAUUUGGAAGAUGAAUAUAUCUCCCAAUUGGUUUCUCUCUCUCUCUCUCUCUCUCUCUCUCUCAUAUCAUGUACAUACAUUACCUCUUUAUCUUGUGAUAAUUUCGACGUGUACAUCAAAUUCCAAUCUUCAUACCCCAUAAUUUUUCUUGCAUGAAUCUUUUGAAUUUUUUUCAUUUCCUUACCAUCAUUAACAUAACAAUGCUAAUCAUGUUAAUGAUUUUUGGAAUAUCAUCACGACUUGAAGAAUAACCAUUCAUAUUUUGAAGUGGAGGUAGUGAUAUUUCCAGAUUAUCAUCAAAACAUGUCUUACAUUCAAGAUCAUACAAUAAAGUGUACAGAUUAAUUUCCACCUAAUUUCUUUACCAAAAGAGCCAAAAUUCUUUGUCACAUGCUUAAAAACAUUGAAACAAAUGCAAGUUUGCUGUUUUACAUUUCUCAAAUAAUUUUUCAAAAGUCAUUUGUUGCAUUAUUUCAGAGAAACCUUGUUAACAUCCACUAAUAUGCUUGUUAUAUGCUUUGUUGUCAUUAAAGGGUCUUAUAUUCGGCUAGAGAAAGGAUUCUCAAAGGAAGCAGCAUUGAGAUCAUGUUAUGGAUUUUCUUGAGUUGUUGGAAAGAAAUAAGUUUGAAUAAUUCUAUAAUUCUAGUAUAUAUGUUGAUGGGGUUUGAUGAUUUUGUGUCUUUUGUAAAAUAUUCUAAAGUAAGGCUUUCCUUAAAUAAAUGAUCUGUGAACUAUCAUAUUCCAAAAUAUGUUAUAGACUGUGUUUUGCACAUAUAUGUAUUCUCCUUUUAUU